CGAUUGGACAAUGAUAUGCACUUCAGAUGUAGGAGUUUAUCAGACAAGUGCCAUGGUUCUCCUGGUGAAAACCUCAGGUAGAUUGUCACUACUUGAAGACUGUAUCUCAUUUAAAAUUGAAUAAAGAAUACUGCAUAAGUGCGCGGAAAUCAGGUUUUUACCAUCAAAUUUUGUCAUUUUCAAACAUUUUUUAUAAAAGGCCUUUCCUUGACCAUGUUAACAGCGCUCUCGGUGGUGGCACUAGUGCUUUGUGGAUCCACAUUACAAGUAUCAGGGGUGGAUCCAGUCUCUACUGCCUGUGUUCUGCAAUGUGAUUUGACUUUUGGUGCAGUUAGUGAAGUGUCCGGCUGUGAUUGCAAUGCUUUAAGAGCACAAUUGGUGGUGCGGACCCACACACACACUGCUCAUCCUCAUCAUCUAAACCACCACUUUACCACCACACCGACCAUCACCACCACUCCGACUCCAGCUCUUAGAACCACCACCGACCUCUGUGAUUUCCUCUGUGCCAUCCAGCAGGGAGGGGACGCUUGUCAUUGCUUAAAACCUGGUCUGCCAGGAAGAAAAUGAUAUUCAAUAAAUUAUUAUAAGUUAA